UACCAAACUCGCCCGAGAGUCGUAAUUAUUUUUUCUCUAAAUAAAUUCCUCAUGGCCCAAACAGGAGGUUCAUCGCUUAAUAGAUUUACUCUUCUAUCAGGCUUUUCAUCAAACAUAUAACAUGUGCAAUAUCUUCACUGAUAUUCUUAAACUUCCACCCUCUCUCAUGUCCCGCUGAUCUCUCCAUGAAACCCCAGCACCUCAUCCCCAAGCCCUCCUCCUCCCCCUCUGCAUCUCUCCAAUGGAUCUCUCCCCUCCAAUACCUCAAACCACCGCCUCCCAAACCCUCCCCUCCCCCUCCCUCUCCCCAGCCCUCCAAGCGCCCUUCCCGCUUCAUCUCUCACCCCGACGCCGUCCGCCUCAUCAACCGCCAGUCCGACCCCCAGCGCGCCCUCGACAUCUUCAACUCCGCAGCCACCCAGCCCGGCUUCUCCCACAACCACGCCACCUACUCCGCCAUCCUCCUCCGCCUCGCCCGCGCCCGCAAGUUCGUCGCCAUCGACGCCCUCAUCCGCCGCAUGGCCCUCGAGCCCUGCCGCUUCCACGAGGCCGUCUUCCUCCGCCUCAUGCCCCUCUUCUCCCGCGCCUUCCUCCCCGAGAGAACCCUCGACCUCUUCCACUCCAUUGCCCCCAUCGUCCGCAGUAAGCCCUCGCCGAAAGCCCUCGCCACCUGCCUCGACCUCCUCGUCGACUCCGGCCGCUUCGAUCUCGCCCAGAAGCUCCUCUCCGAUGCCAAAAUCAAAUUUUGCAUCGAACCCAACACUUGCGUCUAUAACAUUCUCGUGAAGUGCCAUUGUAAAGCUGGUGAUCUCGAUUCGGCGUUCAGAGUUCUCGAGAUGAUGAGGACAUCGAAGUUGGCGCCUCCCAGUUUGAUCACCUACUCCACCUUGAUGGGUGGAUUAUGCAAAGAGGGGAAGCUCAAGGACGCGUUCCAGUUGUUCGAGGAAAUGAUUGAGAAGGAAAGGAUUGUUCCUGAUCCAGUGACGUACAAUGUGCUGAUUGAUGGAUUUUGCAGACACGGGCAGGUCGAGAAGGCGAGAGCAAUAAUGGCGUUUAUGAGAAACAAUGGUUGCGAGCCGAACAUGUUCAAUUACUCGACUUUGAUGAAUGGGUUCUGCAAGGAAGGGAAAGUGGAGGAGGCAAAAGAGGUUUUUGAGGAGAUGAAGAGGAUCGGCUUGGAAGUUGAUGCUGUGAGCUACACAACAUUGAUUGGUUGUCUUUGUAAAGAGGGAAGAGUUGAUGAAGGAAUUGAAUUGGUCAAAGACAUGAGGGAAAGUGGGUGUAAAGCUGAUGUUGUUACAUAUAAUGUGGUUCUUGAAGGCUUGUGCAGGUAUGGGAGGUUUGUGGAGGCGAUGGACCUGCUUGAGAGCUUGCCUUAUGGAGGUGUUCGGUUGAAUGUGGCGAGCUACAGGAUCGUGCUGAAUUGCUUGUGUAAUAGAGGGGAGAUGGAGAUGGCAGUGGGGUUGUUGGGUCUGAUGCUUGGUAGAGGGUUUGUGCCUCACUUUGCAACAUCGAACAAGUUGUUGGUUGGAUUGUGUGAAACUGAAAGGAUGGGGGAUGCAACUAUUGCAUUGUAUGCAUUGGCGGAGAUGGGAUUUAGGCCAGAGAUUGAAACAUGGGCUCGGUUGGUUCAGUUGGUGUGCCGGGACAGAAAACUCAAGAAGGUGUUUGAAUUGAUCAGCGAAAUAAUCGUAGGAGAUAAAUUUUAUGAUCUUUGAAAGGUCUUCUUUGCUUUCCCAUCAUGCAAACUUGAAUGAAGAAAAAAUGAAUAAAUUUCGGGGGAAAAAAGAAAAAAAUGGGUUAGAAAAGAUGAAUGAAGUUCGGGAGAAAAAGAAAAAUGGGUUAACAUGCUGAAUGAGCUCGUGAAUGAUCGGGUUAUUGGUCAAAGACGAUGACCAAAUUGAUGAAAACUGAAUAUUCAGUUGAAUUAAUGGGUUGAGCUGUGAUAAUUGACUGCUGAAAAUGGCUUGCAUGGAAAAGAUGCUAUGGAGAUCCGUGGAAUAGGAGAUGAUGCUGAUCAGCUGCCACUUGACAUGAUCUCCUUUCUCUGUGUUGCUCUAUUGCGGGUUUGUUGUCUUCUGUUGUCGAUAUGAUUUCAUGGGAGGCUAGAGAUUGGACAACUUCAGUUCAAGCUACUAUGAAACUAAAAUUUGGAUGACUGUGGAAAAUAUUAGUAGCCAAAAUUUGGAUGAGUCUGAAAAGUAGCUAACUAGUGGGUUUGUGGAAUCAAAAAGAGAAUGUAUGAGAGCAUCAAUUUGAUUAUAUGCCUUGUAGCAUGGAGCUAUAUCUAACCUCAUUGCUCACAUUGACCGAAGAAAUUGGAGUUUGACAAAAGCAUCAUACAAAUCCUACAAAAAUAAAAAAUCAGUUGCCUGGCUCCAGGAUGGCACUUCCAGAUAUGUAUUGCUAUUGUGUGGGCUUUCACAGCCCUUUGGAAAGCGCAGGACUGCAGUCCCCACCUCAUUUAGAUGCAAGGGGAACUCUGAAUCCUCUUUAAUGUGUAAUAUUUCUGAGUAACCCUGGAUUUGUAGUUCUAAGUUCCUUUCUCAAGAAAGGUUAUAGUCAAGGAAUUCUGUCAGCAGAAAAGAAUGCUAACUAGCUGAAUGAUGACUUGGUUUGAAACUGUUUCAGUUUGAAAGGAUUUCUCUACGUAGGCCAGAAGUGUUUGUGUUCGACCAGAUAGUAUUGCACUUAAAGCUGUAAAAAUUCUCACUAAUAAUUGAAGGGCUUGAGUUGUUUCCUCUA